UCAAGCAUCGGGCACACUCGAUGAUCGAGAUAGAAUAACGCCGGCACAAACAGGAUUGCCAGUAGCGUCGCAUCAGAGAGGUCCGGGGCAAAUGCACAUUCACAGCCCUGACCCCAUCAGGUUAGGGGCACCUACACCCGGACCGUCCCCACUCAAUCUGAAGGAUCAGGCGGGCGGGAGUGUUUCGCCUAGUAGAGACCCGUCCUUGACGUCAGUGCUGGGCCCAUUGACGGAUCAAGAGCUACAGUUCUUAGCCAUGGAGCCACACAUGGAACAGCAGAAGCUGCUGGAGGAGGCCAUGCAGAAGAAGGGCAAGCGG